AUUAUCAUUAUAAUCAUAUUGAUUAAUUUUAUGUCUCACAUGGCAGCAGUCAAUAAACAGUCACAAUGAAGUUCGGUAUAUUUUUAUUUAUCACUCUAACAUUCAGUUCAGUUUUAUGUGAAAAAUUUCGCUUUGACAACUAUAGUUUAUACAAAGUUACACCAAAUAAAAAUAAUCAUAUAGAUGUUUUGAGGGAACUGCAAAAUAGUGAAUUGAAAUUUGAUUUCUGGAAUGAUCCCUUACCCAAUGCCGAACAUGUAUUGAUUUUAUCGGGUCCUAAUGAAAAAGAAAUACUUGAAAACUAUCUGAAGAAAUACGACAUAAAAAGCGAAAUAACAAUUAAUAAUGUGCAAGAACACCUGGACAAAGAAGUCGUCGAUGUAUACAAAAGAGGUGAACAGAGAAGUAUGGCAUGGAAUUCAUAUUAUACUCUUGAUGGCAUUUACGCAUGGCUAGACAACUUGAUCGCGUACUAUCCAAAUGUCGUUACUGAAAUAGUUGGAGGGAUAAGUUAUGAAAGUAGGCCGAUUAGAGGUAUAAAGAUAUCUCACGGACCUGGCAGGAGAGCUAUAUUUUUGGAAGGCGGUAUUCAUUCAAGAGAGUGGAUCUCUCCUGCUACUGUGAAUUUUAUUACGAACGAAUUACUGAGUAGCGACGAUGAAGAAACCAAAUCCGCUGCUCGUGAUUACGAUUGGUAUAUAUUCCCCGUGACUAACCCUGAUGGUUACGUUUGGUCUCAUGAACAGUUUCGAAUGUGGCGUAAAAACAGGCGUCCAAUAGGUUCAACGUUUGGUGUUGAUCUUAAUAGAAAUUGGAAUAACAACUGGCUUCGUUUCGGUUCAAGCACUAAUCCUUCAUCAGAUAACUACGCUGGUCCUGGACCGUUUUCAGAGCCUGAAAGCCGUACUUUGUCAAGUUACAUUAAAAGUAUAGGAGACAAGAUCGAUUUGUAUCUAUCUUUUCACUCUUUUGGUCAAUUACUUUUGAUACCUUUUGGCAACUCUACGCAGCCAGCCGCAAAUUACCAUGAUGCGGUUAAUAUUGGGAGACGUGCAAUGGGAGCACUGUCUGUGAGAUACGGAACACCAUACACUACUGGGAACAUAGCUGAGGCAAUAUAUUUAGCUACGGGUGGCAGCAUUGAUUGGGUAAAGGAGUUUGUUCAGGUGCCAUUAGUAUACUGCUACGAACUAAGGGAUAGAACUCAGUAUGGUUUCCUCCUUCCACCAGACCAGAUAUUGCCGACAAGCGAGGAAACUAUGGACUCAAUACUGGAACUGAUACAUCAAGCGAAGAGAUUUGGAUACAUGAACAACUAAAGCUAUAAUGGAAAUCGUUGUUUUUUAUUCCAAACUUUCGUUUUUUUUAAAUUUUAUUUUAGAUGAUUAAAUCAUUCAAAGUACCUAUAACUUCCUUAAAAGAUAAUUAU